AUGGGCAGCAUUCGCCGCCUGCUGUGCACCUUCGCCGUCCUCUGGAUACUUGUUGCCACCAACCCAGGCCCCUCUUCCUUCCGCCACUUUCUCACCAAACUCCACCGCACCCACCUGCACACGCCCACCUGCCAGAAAGCCCACUCCCGUGACAUUUGCCUCCACGCCCGCCAAGCCUUCCCUCACCUGUCCGCCGCUCUCGAGUCCAUCUUCGCCCCCCAUCGCCAAGUCCCUUCCUGGCUGCCCGACGGCCCGCCGCACCACUUCGAGGUUGUCGACUGCGCCGUCUUCACCUUGGCUCGCACCCGACUCGCAGACCUCCCCGACCGCCCGCGCCACAACUUUAUAGGCAUCCUCGGUGCCUGGCUCCCGCUCCCGCAUACGGCCCGCCUCCUCGGCUCCGUCGAAUCCCGUAAUUUCGUGCGCUACCUUCGCCGCCGCGUCGCCUUGGUCAAGCGCGCCGCCUUCGAUCAGGAUCUGCGCUCCUUCGAGGCCUUUCGGGAGCGCUCGCUCCCAGAUCGCCCUUGGGAAUGGUUGAUUGUAUACUUUGCUAUCGUCGGCGCUAUUUGGUUCAUGUUUCCGCAGCACGCCACCCAACAUUUCACCUUGACUUGGCAAAAUGUACGCCUCAAGGGCAACUGGUGGUGCAUGAUUCUCUUCCAUCUGUCGCAUGGCGGAUCGCUGCUCAGGCUUUGCCGCACGGUCGCGUCGAUUAGCUUUUUGGCACCGAUUCUCAUUUCUCGCCGCAUAAUCAAUUUGUCCGGCAUGUACGGUGUACUUCUCACGUCAUCCGCUACAUCCACGGCGCUGGGCAUGCUUGUGCUUGCUCGCAGAUACGUUUUCAUGACCAGAGAGUCUGGGACUAGAUCGCCGAUCGAAAUUAAUGGCGGCGGUGCGUGCGUUUAUGCGCUGCUCGUGGCGGCAUGUCUUGCACCUGACAGCAAUCGCAGUUUCCCAGGAGGGGCUCGUCCGUUUGAGCUGCUUAUGCUAAACGUUCUCUUCGAUUCCUUUUUCCUUGCGGGCAAGAGAAAAAUUGCUGACUAUAUCGCGCAUACGGGUGCAGCGCUCGGCUCAUGGCUAUUUUGUUCUAUCAACCAGUCCUCGGAGUACGUCAGCUGACAAGUCAGAUCGCCGCUAUAAAGUGAAUGACAAAGAAUACGUUCAGUGCUGUAAUGGCAAGAUAUGGAUGCAACAGCAAGUGUGGUGAUUCAUGUGGUGGUUCGUGGCGGGAGUAACGCGCAAGGCGGCAUGGAUGUCUCUUAUGACGUGAGUUUUAUAUUACAGCAUAUGGGUUACAUCAAUAGGGGGCGGAGGGAAGCGGGAGCGGUAAGCGAUGGUGCGUUCCUACGGGCGAAUACAAGUGCAGUUGAUUUGCAACAACAAUUUUCUUUGA